GCCGUAACCUUUCCUCCCUGUUUGCUUAUAAGGUAUCUGCACGUUUUAAUGAUCUUCUGGUCAUUCGUCGCUGGUGUCGUCACGUUCUACUGUUCAUUAGGACCGGAUUCCCUUUUGCCCAAUAUUCUUUUUACGAUAAAGUAUAAACCCAAGCAAUUAGAAUUGCCGGAGUUAUUUCCCCACGGUCACAGUUGUGCUGUAUGCGGCAAAGUCAAAUGCAAGAGGCACAGACCUGGUUUGCUUCUGGAAAACUAUCAGCCAUGGCUGGAUCUGAAAGUGCCUUCCAAGGUUGAUGCAUCGCUCUCGGAGGUGCUUGAGUUGGUGCUGGAAAACUUUAUUUACCCAUGGUACAGAAAUAUUACUGAUGAUGAAUCCUCAGUGGAUGAACUGAGAGGCACACUGCGGUUUUUUGCAUCUGUAUUAGUUCGGAGAAUUCACAAGGUGGACAUUCCAACUGUUGUAACAAAGAAAAUGCUGAAGGCAGCAAUGAAACACAUCGAAGUGAUAGCCAAGGCCAGGCAGAAAGUAAAAAAUGCAGAAUUUCUACAGCAAGCUGCUUUAGAAGAAUAUGGACCAGAACUCCAUGUUGCCUUGAGAAGUCGAAGAGAUGAACUUCACUACUUGAGAAAACUUACUGAACUUCUUUUCCCUUACAUUUUACCCCCAAAAUCAACAGAGUGCAGGUCUCUGGCUCUUCUGAUAAGAGAGAUUCUGCCUGGUUCUGUUUUCCUUCCCUCAAUGGAUUUCUUAGCUGAUCCU